AUGUUGUGCACAGGCAGUGCCCGCAACAACAGCACUUUUGUGUUUUUCCGAGAACUUGGAAACGACGGUGGCAACGCGUGGAAGGGAGUUAACUUGAAAGUGCACGGCGCCAGGCGCAUUGGCAGCGGUGCGGCGAACACGAGGCGUAUUUUCGGUGGUACUAUAGCUGAGAUGAGCGCCUUCCCUGCGACAUGCGCCCUCCUCGACCGUUACUUCGCGGCGCGGUGUUCGGCCGCCGUACUGGCGCCCCAUUGGGUCCUCACGGCGGCACACUGCGUUUCUUCGACCAUAUCUUAUAUCAAAUACAAUACUCGACUAACUUCAUCGGACCAAGGCGAUGUUGUGGCUGUCCAUUAUCUGUACCGUCAUCCUGAGUAUAGGGUGUUGCAAGAGGACGUGGGUAACGGCAUGGACGUAACGUUGCUCCACCACGACGUUGGACUCAUCAGGACACGAGAUGAGAUAAAAUUGUCCAUCGCGCUUCCACCCGACCCGCUGGCAAGAGUACGCCGCUACGAUCCGAUGAACCUUAUCCAUGAAGAAGUUCUAGUGUUGGGGUUUGGGCGGACGGAGAGCACUGCGCUGGGCGAGGAGCUGUGUGGUGCACGGCUGCGCCUGGUGGCAUGCGGUCGCUCCGCCUGGUACCACGUGGUGUGCGGGAUGGGCAACGGUGGCAGCGGCGUCUGCGCCGGCGACUCGGGUGGGCCGGUGAUCUUCGCCGGCGUGCAGCUGGCCGUGACCUCGAUGGGCCCACGCGAGUGCGCGCACCUGGCGACCCCCGCCCUGGACGCCGUGAGCGUGUUCACCGCCCUGCGGCCCUACGUGGACAUCCUGAACGCAACCAUGGCGGAAACGGACAAGGCAAUGCGAAUGCGCAUGAUUGCCUCGGCCUCCCGAACACCAACUAGCCCAAUCAUCAAUCUAACAUUUGGCUUACUCUGGAAUGUCUUGUUUGCGCGAAAUCGUCAUAGAAUGUUUGAUAUG